AUGGCAAGUCCAAAAGAUUACAAUACGUUUAAUAAAGUUCAAAGAUAUAGAAUAUCGGUUAUAAUUGAAGAGUUUGCUGAGAAUCUAGUGAAAAUAAGUGGAAAGUGUAUGGAUAUCGGUUGCGGUCCUGGAGAUACAACAAAGGAAUUUCUGUUACCGAAUAUAGAUUCAAAUGGACAAAUAAUUGGUACGGAUAUUUCGGAAAGCUUGAUCAAAUAUGCAAAUGAUACAUUCAAAGACGAAAAACGGCUUCAAUUCGACAUAUUGAAUAUUGAAACUAAAAAUUUACCUAAGAAAUAUAUUUCUGAAUUUAAUCAUAUAUUUUCGUUUCACACUUUACAAUGGUGCAACGAUAUCCGACAAGCCUUAGAAAAUAUUUAUCAAAUGCUACAACCUGAUGGAACUAUGCUUUUGCAAAUAGUGGCAUCUCAUGAUAUAUAUGAAGUUCUCAGAAUUUUGGCGCAGGACACUCGUUUUGCAUCAUAUGUACCUGAAGCGAUGAAAAAUGUUUCGCCAUACCAAGAGUCAAAAAAUCCUCGCAAAGAGUUGAAAGAAUUACUUGGAAGUAUCGGAUUUACAGUUUACCAUUGCAGUCUUCGGGAGGCGAGCUAUAGUGAUAAAACAUCAGAAUCCUUUAUCAAUUCAAUAUUAUCCAUCUUGACAUUUUUUAAUGACAUGCCAAAAGACCUGAUGAAAGACUUCAAGAAUGUAUUUCGACAUGAAUAUAUGAGAAGAAAGAUUAACUACAUAUCAAUACAUAAUAAUGAAGAUUAUACGUUGGAUCUAUAUAAAGAAUUAGUAGUAUACGCACAAAAGAUUAUAUUCUUGUUCUUAAUGAUGAUAACCAUUAAUAAUGAUAUAAUAAAACGUCCUUAUAAUCCAUUGAUGUAUAUUACAAGUAACAGAUCGCAAAGAGAAAAAGCAUUUGCUAUAAUUGAUGAAUUUAAUGAAUAUUUAAAAAAUAUAUCUGGAAAAUGCAUUGACAUAGGAUGUGGACCUGGAGAUGUAACAAAAGACAUAAUCUUACCGGCUCUUGAUCCAAAUGCAGUAGUAAUUGGUACAGAUAUAUCGGAAAGCAUGAUUGAUUAUGCAAAAAAAAGAUAUACUAAAGAGAAACGACUUGAAUUUGAGGUUUUAGAUAUACAAACUAAAAAUUUGCCUACAAAGUACGUAUCUGAAUUUGAUCUCGUACUUUCAUUCCACACUUUGCAUUGGUGCAAUGAUAUCAAACAGGCGUUUGAGAAUAUCUAUCAUAUGCUUCGACCCAAUGGAACUAUGCUUGUAUUCUUUGUGGUCUCCCACAAUAUAUUUAAUGUUCUUGAAAACUUGAUAUAUGAUAUCCGUUUUGCACCGUAUAUAAAAGAUGUAAACAAAUAUACUUGGCCACUUCGAAAUUCAAUUAAUCCUCGCAAGCAAUUAAAAGAAUUGCUUCAAACACUCGGAUUCACAGUUAUUCAUUGCAGCCAUCGGGACAUAUUUCAUCAAGAUUCAGAUCUGAAUGGUUUUUUUUCUUCUAUUAUAGCUUUCCUCGACUUCAUUGAUCACAUGCCAUGUGAUCGCAAAGAAGAAUUCAAAAAAGAAUUCGCUGAUAAAUUUGCAGAAUCACAGAUUAUCUAUAAACAAAAAAAUAAUCAGAAAAUGGCAUUAGACGUGUAUCGUGUACUAAUAGCUUUUGCCAAAAAACAUGUGACAUAAUUGUACAUACACGUGUACAUGUAUAUAUACAAUGAAUGCAAAAAGUAUUCGUACAGAGAAAAU